ACAAUUUUCACUUCAGUCCUCCGUGCGUUGGUCCGUGUCACAUGUCCGAUCCUGAAUUUCAUCGCACUCCCGUCGCACGUUUCGCGCGCACCGGAUAAUUUAUUUUAUUUCUGUUUAUUUUUUUUUUUCUCUCCUCUCGUCUCACCGGCAACUCGCGGAUUUCGUCAGUUCAACAACACGUCUCGCGAUUUAUUUCCAAGCCCGACAUAACAGUAACAAUAUUGCGCGCACAUGCACGCGUUAAACUCGCCGUGCCGCGCGGACCACGCGACGUUUCGUUAGGUUACAGAUACGGACGGAGAAAAGUCCGAUCCGAAACAGAAACGGUCGUCGCGAAUUCGUUUCGAGAUUUUUCUAUCGCUCUCUUUCUCUCUGUUUUGCCGUUACUUCGAUUCCACCGUUUUCCCUCGUAAUCGCGAACACGUCCUAUCGCAAUAUAAAACGGUCGCGUAUCUCUCUCGUACUCGGUACGCGUGUACAUGAUAAAAUAACAAUUCGUAUAUAAUAUCAUAGACGCAACCCACUCUGCAGAAAAGAAGAUACUUCCAACGAAGUAUACCACUCCACUGGUCCGCCAUAUCCAAGUCCAUCGAGUAUGCUUCUAUUCCAGACACAGACCACAUUUACGCCGAGCAGCUUCGCCGAACUACUGUCCGGUUCGUAUUCCGAGUUGCCGCUGAACGAGGAGAUCGACUCGCUGUCGGACGUGCACGGCGUGCUGACGGACGCGGCCGAACAACCGCACUCGGACCACCAACACCACCACCAGCAUCACCACCAACAGCAACAGCAGCAACAAAAUGGCACGGCAGGCCUGUUGCCCAGUUUCCAGGAGACGUAUGCCGCGACAGGCGUAGGGUUCAAAAUGGAAGAGGAUUACGCGUCACCGACCACCGCGGUGGCUGCUUCGAUGGCCACUCCCGUGGCCGCUUACCAUCAUCAACACCAGCAGCAGCCGCAGCAGCAACAGCAUCAACUCCACCUGCACCACAACCACCAUCAUCACCAUCAUCACCAUCAUCAACAACAACAACAACAAGCACAUCAACACCCGCACCAGCUACAGCAACACCCACACCAGCACCACCACACUGGACCGCCGCCUCCGCUCAUACACUUCGAUUAUCACUUCCAACACUUUCCGGGCGUGUUGCCGACCCCUUCGCAACAGCAGCAGCAACCGCCCGACUCGCCGACCGCCGAUCACAGUGGGGCCACUUCCGUGUUCGAACCGAUGCUGGAUCACGUAGUCAUCAUGACGCCCAAACCGCAACAGCAGCAGCAAAACCAUCACCUUCACCAACCACAGCAGCAGCAGCAGCAACAGCACCAACAGCAGCAGAACGUGAUGGUCGUCGGCCACCAGCAUCACCAACAGCAGCAGUCCUUGCCACCACCGCCGCCGCCACCACCCACUUCGUUGCUGAUCGACACGGCCGUGACCGCGGAACAGCUGCACCACGUCACCAACAACGCCACGGCCACGACUGCGUUGGGCGCUGUCAGAUCAAGCAGGACGUCGUCGUCGUCCUCGUCCUCGUCGGGCCACAGGAAUGCCGCUGCUGUAGAUUCUUCCACCAGCCUGUCACCGAAAAUUCGACACUGUAUCAACAUACUAUCCGUGUCGGCGCCCAAUGACUGUUCACCAUCGGUGCCGGACAUGCCGUCGUCGCAGAGGAACAUCACCGCUGGCAUGGCGCCGUCCUCGCCGUCCCAGUUGUGCGCGGUGUGUGGCGACACGGCCGCGUGCCAACACUACGGCGUGCGCACGUGUGAAGGAUGCAAAGGAUUUUUCAAGAGAACCGUGCAAAAGGGUUCCAAGUACGUGUGUUUGGCUGACAAAAGCUGCCCGGUGGACAAACGACGACGGAACCGAUGUCAGUUUUGCCGGUUCCAAAAGUGCUUGCAGGUGGGCAUGGUGAAAGAAGUAGUGCGCACGGACUCGCUGAAAGGACGCCGUGGACGGUUGCCGUCCAAGCCCAAAUCUCCACACGGGUCGCCGCCCAGCCCUCCCGUGUCGCUUAUCACCGCACUCGUCCGGGCUCAUGUGGACACCAAUCCGGAUUUCUCGUCCCUGGAUUAUUCACAAUAUUACGAGACAAAACCGUUUGAACCGCUGACGACCGAAGCGGAGAAAAUCCAACAGUUUUUCGGACUGCUCACGACGUCUGUAGAGGUAAUCAGACACUUUGCUGAAAAGAUACCAGGAUUUAAGACUCUGUGCAAAGCGGACCAAGAUCUAUUAUUUCAAUCGGCGUCUCUGGAAUUAUUCGUUCUCCGUCUCGCAUACAGAACUAAAUACACCGACACGAAACUAAUAUUUUGUAACGGAGUUGUUUUGGACAAACAACAAUGCCACAGGAGUUUUGGCGAUUGGCUACAAGCUAUAUUGGAUUUCAGUCAGUCAUUGCACUCGUUGGACAUCGAUAUUUCGUCUUUCUCUUGUCUGUGCGCCUUGACUCUGAUCACAGAACGGCACGGGCUCCGGGAGGCGAAGAAAGCGGAACAGAUCCAGAUGAAAAUUAUCAACUCCUUACGCGAACACAUCACAUACAGCAUGUCCGAUUCACAGCGCAAGUCGUACUAUUUCUCCAGGCUACUGGCCAAACUGCCGGAAUUGCGUUCCCUUAGUGUACAAGGUCUCCAAAGGAUAUUUUAUCUGAAGCUGGAGGACCUAGUGCCCGCCCCGCCGUUAAUCGAAAACAUGUUCAUCGCUAGUUUACCAUUUUAAAAAAUAUAUUAUCAAUACACGCGUAUAAUAUUGUAUAAUGUAAAAUCAUCGAAUCGAAUAUGAUCAUUAAUCUUGCAUCUAUUAAAUCUAUUUAACUAUCUGUGUGUAUUAUUGUUAUAUUCGUGAAUAUUUUAAUCGCAUAUAAGAUUAUA